CAAGGAACUGGACGUUCGCUUUGAGAGUAGAGGCAGCUUUUGCCGGUGCGCUGGAUGCGAGUCUGAAACCCUUUACGUUAGCGGAUUUCACAGCUUCCCCAGUCCCGCCUUCCGGAACGGGCUUGCCAGGUUGACACUGAGCCGAGUGCACGACGCUGCGUGCCUGUCGUUCCUCGAGUGCUGCAGGCCAGUUGCUACACUGCGGUUGUCCUACUGCCCCUUGGAGCUGGACUACGAGCGUAUGUCUCGCGCGCUCGCCCACAGCAGUGAUCCUAUCUGCCUUAUUUUACAGCACCAUCUCCUACGGUUGGACGACACGGAUCUGCUGGAAAACCUGCACCGCUUCACCGACCUCCAGUACUUGUACCUCCUGUUGUACACGCGUCUGGACGAACGAGAGUUACCCAGUUCUAUGACUUGCAUCUUGCGGAGCCUACCACAGCUCAAGUGCUUGCACGUCCACUACGAAUGCGACGACAGUCCCAGAGUCCUUAGGACAGCAACCUGGAUGCGUGGACCUGGCGGGGAAAUGAGUGACGAACUGGUACGCGGUGGUCCCUGCUUCCAAAGUUGUUCAACGGCUACCUUCAUAGGACUCGCAAAGCCACUGAACCGCGACUUCCAGCCGAUGCUGUAGUUGAAGGCUGGCAAACUUUUAUGAAUGACAAGCACAAUUUGCUGAAGAUAAGAAGUUGCGCCUUACCUUGCUUUAGUUGGUACAUGUGCACUAAUAAACACAGUACACUGUGUG